GUCAGAUCUAAACAAGGACAGAUUUUCUUCUGGAGUUUCAUACAUAUAUACAUAAUCUCUUACUCAUGGUGUACUCACAUCACGGUUUGUCUAUUUUUAUCAGUCGGCACUCUGUUGCAUAGUUAUCCAUCUUUUCACAAAAAGGUGGCUGUGGCCGCUUCAAUAUACACACGUCUCUCUCAAUACAUAUUCUACACCCUUCCAAGCUCAAAAAAAUCUCUACAGCUUGCUUCACAAACUGGACUUCCAUGCCAUGAUUCACCAUCAUCUCGUUUUAUUGAAAAUUUUCAUCUUUCUAUCGUAAAAAUAUCGACUAAUUUUCAAGAUGCGGAGAGGGUAUUCAUGGGCAACCAUAUUUGUCCUAUAUUUAGGUGUGUACAUAGUUGAAGGUAUAGGUGUGAACUGGGGUACCAUGGCUAGUCACAACUUACCUGCAAAAGUUGUUGUUAAGAUGCUGAAAGACAAUGGAAUCAAGAAAGUGAAGCUCUUCGAUGCGAAUGAUACUACGAUGAAUGCGCUUACUGGUUCAGAUAUUCAGGUUAUGGUUGCGAUUCCUAACGACCAGCUUGUUGCUAUGAACACCUACAAACGAGCUAAACAAUGGGUUCAGCGCAACGUUACACGUUACAUUUACAACGGAGGUGUUAACAUCAAAUAUGUAGCAGUGGGCAAUGAGCCUUUCUUGACAUCCUACAACAACUCAUUUCUAGAUGUUACAUUCCCAGCACUUCGGAACAUCCAAAACGCGCUAAUUGAAGCAGGCGUCGGGGACACCAUAAAAGCAACGGUUCCCCUAAAUGCUGAUGUUUACAAUUCCCCUGAUACAAAUAACCCUGUUCCUUCUGGCGGAAGGUUUAGGCAGGACAUACUUGGCCAAAUGACCCAAAUCAUCCAAUUCCUGGCACAGAACAAGGCCCCUUUCACCGUAAAUAUAUAUCCUUUUCUCAGUCUUUAUGGCAAUGACAACUUUCCUAUCGACUAUGCCUUCUUUGAUGGCGUGAGCAGUCCCAUUGUUGAUAACGGGAUUGCAUACCAAAAUGUUUUUGACGCCAACUUUGACACUCUGAUCUCGGCCCUCAAAGCUGCCGGAUAUGGUGACAUGGCUGUUAUCGUAGGUGAGGUAGGGUGGCCGACAGAUGGAGACAAGAAUGCCAACAUAAACAACGCGUAUAGAUUCUAUAAUGGCCUUCUACCGAAGCUUGCAGCUAAUAAAGGCACACCACUUCGUCCUGGAUUUAUAGAAGUGUACCUUUUUGGACUAAUCGACGAGGAUAUCAAGAGUGUAGCUCCCGGUAACUUUGAGCGACACUGGGGAAUCUUCAAGUACGACGGACAACCAAAAUUUGGAAUGGAUUUCUCAGGGCGAGGACAGAACAAGCUUCUAGUAGGUGCACAAAAUGUGCAGUAUCAAGCCAAGAGGUGGUGUGCAUUUAAUCCGAACGCCAAAGACUUAAGAAGGCUUGCUGAGAAUAUCGAUUAUGCAUGCACAUUUGCAGAUUGUACCACACUUGGUUAUGGAUCAUCUUGUAAUGGCUUAGAUGCUUACGGAAAUGCAUCAUAUGCAUUCAAUGCCUACUUUCAGGUACAAAAUCAGAGGAAUUUGAGCUGCGAUUUUCAAGGUUUGGCUACAGAGACUACGCAGAAUUUGUCACAGAGCCAAUGCAAUUUUUCAAUUCAGAUAUUGUUAUCAGGGUCUUGCCAAACAGGCCCAUCUGUAGUGGUGUUGCUAGUCUUUUCUGUUGCCAUUUUUGUUGGAGAAUUCUUAGUGUAGGAUAUAUUUAUACUCGUGUUCCAUGUAUCUUAUCUUUUUGUUAUUUUCGAAGACCAUAUAGAUGACCUCUGAAAUGAAAUUCGCAUGUUAAUCAGAACUGGCAACCACC